AUGGCCGUCGAAUUGAGCUCGGUGGCAGCGACCAGGAGGCACGGUGAUGAGCCACGACUGAUUAUGUGCCCGAGGUGCCAUCGUCAUACGGUAGUAAAGUGUCGUUCGAAGCAGUCGUGGUCCUUGGAUCAGAUCCUCUACACCUGCCCAGAUCACAAUAAGCGAAGCCGGAGGAGGGAGGAAGGAGAUCGCGAGCAGCCGGAGCCGUUGCCGGAACCCGAGAAGAUGAAGACGUUCGACCCGUGGCCGGUCUUCUUCCGCCGGGAGUGGAGGCGCAACUGGCCCUUCCUCACGGGGUUCGCCAUCACCGGCUUCCUCAUCACCAAGAUGACGGCCAACUUCACCGAGGAGGACCUCAAGAACUCCAAGUUCGUCCAGGAGCACAAGAGGCACUGA